UCCAGAAUAAAUUCAGGCCACGACAAAAUCUGCCAGCGAAUUGGUGUUUUGAAGAAUUUUACUGCUUUUAAUCCUGUUCCCUUGGGAAUACAAACCUCUCUAAUCAUGUCACCGGCCAUGUGGAAAUGGACUUGCCUGGUUUCUCACCUCCUGCUGUCCACCACAGUGUCACCUCUUGCCAGACAGCAGCCACCCCAUCCAAAGAGGCCCUUCAUCACUUUCACUGGAGAACAAGCAGAGGGAAACUUCAACCACUUGGUGGUGGACGAAAGAACUGGGCACAUUUACUUGGGGGCCGUCAACAGGAUCUACAAACUCUCCAGUGACCUGAAGGUCCUGGUGACCCACGAGACUGGUCCUGAUGACGACAAUCCCAAGUGUUAUCCGCCCAGGAUAGUCCAAACCUGCAACGAACCCUUGACACCCACCAACAACAUAAACAAAAUGCUCCUCAUAGACUACAAGGAGAAUCGGUUGAUAGCCUGUGGGAGUCUGUACCAGGGCAUCUGCAAGCUGCUGAGGCUGGAUGACCUCUUCAAGCUCGGGGAGCCCUUCCACAAGAAGGAGCAUUAUCUCUCUGGGGUGAAUGAGAGUGGCUCUGUUUUUGGAGUCAUUGUUUCUUACAGCAACAUGGAUGACAAGCUGUUCAUCGCCACCGCCGUGGACGGGAAACCGGAGUAUUUCCCCACUAUUUCCAGCAGGAAGCUCACCAAGAACUCCGAGGCGGAUGGGAUGUUUGCAUAUGUCUUUCAUGAUGAGUUUGUGGCCUCUAUGAUCAAGAUCCCCUCAGACACCUUUACCAUCAUCCCUGACUUCGAUAUCUACUACAUUUAUGGCUUCAGCAGUGGGAACUUUGUCUACUUCCUGACUCUGCAGCCUGAGAUGAUCUCUCCACCUGGCUCCACCACGAAGGAGCAGGUUUAUACCUCCAAGCUGGUCCGGCUUUGUAAGGAGGACACAGCCUUUAACUCCUAUGUGGAGGUGCCCAUUGGCUGUGAGAAGAACGGGGUGGAAUACAGAUUGCUCCAGGCAGCCUACUUGUCUAAGGCUGGAGCCAUCUUAGCCAGGUCUUUGGAGGUUGGCCCUGAGGAUGAUAUCCUCUUCACAGUCUUCUCCAAGGGGCAGAAAAGGAAGAUGAAGUCCUUGGAUGAGUCUGCUCUUUGCAUCUUUGUCCUGAAAAAGAUCAACGACCGCAUCAAGGACAGACUGCAGUCCUGCUACAGGGGAGAGGGGACGUUAGAUCUGGCCUGGCUCAAAGUCAAGGACAUUCCCUGUAGCAGUGCGCCCGAGAUGCCACUGCUCCAUGGUGUCUAA